ACUACAUCGUCAGCAGGAGAAGUUCCAGACCUAUCAAAGACAAAGAGAAAGUUGUGGCCAUCCCCAGCCUCUUGGUAUUGGAGUGUUGAUGUGGGAUGAGGUGAAGGUAGGACACAAUAUCAUUAAUCCUAAUAAAUUAUGAUGCUUCAAAUAUGAACUCUGAAAAGUCAAAUGCUGUGCAAAUAUUCUUAUGUGUUCGGGCUGGGUCACGUCGCUCUUAUUUACUAGAGUACACUACAGCCUGAAGUGGGCCAUUUUCAAAUGACCUCCUACUUCUGUUUCAAAACCAACAAACUCUUCAUGUGAAACCCUGAAAUGAAAAUAAGUUUUUCUCAUAUUUAUUUUUAUGCAAAUCAAAUUCAAUUUUUAUUUAAAUGCUUUCACAUUGUAAAACAUAGGCAAAAGGUAACUCAGAAAAAAGCUAUUGUAAUCACAACUAUAAUGUUAUAUAUUAAUAGAUCUUUUUUGGGCAUAUUUUGCUCUCAAGGUUCAAAUGAAGGUAGCACGGAACCUUAAGGGUGGGGGAAUAACGGGCUUGACCAUGGCAGAAGAUGAGUUGCCUGCUGUUUACUCAUCAGCCAUCCAGAGUGGUUGCCAGAAGACCAGCUACAUUGUACAAUUUCUUUGGAGGGACCUUACUUCAGGCUACAACAUGAUUGGCCCUAUUUUCCACUUCCAAAUUCAAUGGAUUCGAACACAUUGCAGGAAUUCUUUCAGAAGUGUUUAAAAGCAUUCAGUGCCUAUGGUUCUAGGGUCUCCAUAGUCCUGUGUGAUGGUGCUUCUUCAAAUCUGACCCUUCUUAAAAUGUUGUGUGGAUUACCCAGGGCAAUUCUGCCUGUCGCUGAAGAUGUGGAAGAAUUGAGUGAAAAGUACUAAGUAAACAUGUCUUUCACCAAUCCUGAGGAUCCGAUUGGCAAUCUGAUAUUAGCAAUGAUAUGUCAAAAUCAUCAGCUAAAGAACAUGAUAGCUGCCUUACACAGCUCAAGAACAAGUGGCUCAAAGAGGCUCACACUGGAUGGAACCCUUUUUGGAUGGCAGACAAUUGAAAAGAUCUACAGCCAAGAGAUGGAAAGAGCCGAAAGGGGUCAAAGCCGCAAAGUCCCUGGUCUAAAAUAUGCAUUUGUGUACCGAGACAAGUGGAUGCAUCUCAAUGUUAGACCAGCCAAGAUCAUGCAGGUAACAAACUUAUUUAACCCAAAAUGUUUUACAUUAGAAAAUAAUUUCAUUGUUCCAAAAGUCUGCAGCAGAUAUUUUUGGAUCAACUAAUCAUGUUUCCUUUUUUAGUAGUGGCUGUUUUAUCAUGAUACGAGAAAGUUCUGAGAGUUGCAUUUGCUAAGUUCAAAUUGCUAAAUAUUUGGUCUGUUUGUUAUUAUUUUUAUUACAGCAACGUUACAUGAUUUCUGCAAUCGAUUAGCUGAGCAAAGACCCGAAUCAGGGGAGUGCCAAGCAUGUUGUCAGUUUCCUAGAAGCUUGCAAUCUCAUUUUUGAAAAGGGACUGCUUGGUAAACGGAGAAUAAAAAGCAUGGAGAGCUCUGUCAUUCAAAAUAUCAAGAAAGGAAUGGAUUUCUUUGAGAAAUGGAGCCAUAGUCAUGAUGAGGUAUGUUUAAUACCAGUAAUCAUAUCUUACAUACUGUGGUUGGUUUGGAAUGAGACAUCUGAUGAUAUUUUAUUUUCUCUUGGGAUUCUGUCAGUGUAAAAUGAAGUACUAAAGAACAAAAUGUCAAUCCCAUAUUUCUGUUUUAAGGGAUUAUGGUAAUAUUUUGUUCUUGUUCAGUACGUAAACAACAUAGAGGACAACAAAUUUACUUUUUGCUUUUUUUUUAUGAAGUCAUUAAUUCCUUUUUACCAAUUUGCAUUGGAUAAUAGCAUUUUGAAAUGAAGUGUAAUAUGCAAUCUUCAUAAGGAUCUUUGUGUUACUUCAAGCAGUGGGAGGGGGAGUCUUUGACCCUUAAGUAUGAUUGGUUUAUUGAUUUAAUUGCCCUGCAGUGUAUAUUCUAUUACACAAUAUUAGUGAGUGUUACAAUGUUUUGUCAUCAAAUUAAAAAUAAUUAUUUGUCCUCAGAAUACCCUGACAAUACCAAGAAGUCUAGGCAGGAAACGUUUCUUGCAUGGCAGGUUAGUUACUAAUGUUUAAAAUAAUAAAAAAAAUGAUUUUGGGUCAAUUGGCAAUGUUUUAUUUCUCAAUAGAAGUAGCUAGUGCACAAAGUUUUCAUUAAUAACCUGGAAUAAUCCCUGUCUCCUUAACAGUCUAGCUAUCACUUGUUAACUUGAAAAUUGAUGAGUUCUUACCUCAGCCCUGAUAACAACAACCCUAAACAGGCAGUGAAACAGUAACUGUCACUUGCAUGCAAUCAUGGACAAAUCAUUGAUAUUGCUAUGGAUUACAUUGACAUAUGAUCCUGAAUCUUGAUUACAAUUACGUAAUGUCAGUGAAGAUGUAUUGGGCCAUUUCUCUGAAUCUUAUUCUAUACUGAACUGUCACUAUUUUUUUCAUAGACAUGGGAUCUUCUUCGAGUUGUUGUGCAUGAUUUUCUUUCAUUCUGUGAAUGGUUCUUUACCAGUGUGUCACCAGAUGGAAGAUAUUUCAUCACUCCAUUGCGAAUCAAUGGCAGUGCUUUGGAAUCAAUUUUUAGUGUUCUAAAGCACACAAGUGGGGGGAAUUUGUCUCCCAUUGCUUACUCUCCUGCAUUGGGAAGACUCAUUAGCAGGAAGAGUUUAGCUCAAAACAAUAAUUCUGAGAAGGGUUACAGAGACCAAAGUCUUAACUUAGAUGGAGGGUUAAUUUCAACUCAAGAUCAAAUUUCCAUACCAUGUAGCAUUGUCUCCAGGGAUCUGUGCAAAUUUAUUUGUUCUCUUUAUAUCGCACAGUCCUCAAGAGGAGGAAGGCAAGGCAGCAAUGCCUGCACUAUUAUUGCUGUUACAUUUAGAAGUUUCAUUGCUAUGGACACAGUUGCCACAGUCACGGACUUCUUUAUUUGUAAAUGCAAUAUGUGACGGCAAUGAUAUGUAUGAUGAGUUGUA